AUGGCCAAGUUCAAACAUACUUCUUGGGAGGUUAUGAUCAAUGAGGAGAGAAAUCUGGCUGUGAACAAGUGGCUCAGCCUGGUCAUGGUUGAGCCCUUGACCUUCUGCGUAGCUAGGAACUUCUAUGCCGGUAAGGCGUCGGGGAUCUCUUCGGGGUCGCUUGCGGAUAGCAUUUCAGAUUGCCUUGCUGCCAAGGCCACUUCGACGAUUAACGCCAGGGCAAACUGCUUGUUGCUUUUUGUUUCUUGGGCGAAAGGAAACAUGCCGUUCGUUUUCCCCUUGACAGAGCACGCUGUCUAUGCAUACUUCGAGGAGAAGAAGGCAACUGCAGCGGCGACCUCGUUCAGGAGCCUUCUUUCAUCUGUGGCGUUCGCACAGCAUGUUGUAGGCUUGGAAGGGUGUGAUAAGGUUUACGCCUCGGGUCGCAUCCGCGGCCUUGCAUCGAAGCUGUACAUGCAAAAGAGGAAGCUCAAGCAGCGCAAUCCUCUGAGGGUCUCUGAUGUCAUUCUUCUUGAAAGGAUUUGUUGCAAACUUGAGGACAGGUCGCUGCAGGACCGGGUCGCUUCGGGCUUCUUUCUUUUCUUGAUUUAUGCAAGGGCAAGAUACAGCGACGGGCAAAAUGUAGCGUCGCUGACCGACUCGCCUCACUACUUGGAGUGUAAUGUGGGCAGGUCAAAGACGAGCUUCACUUUGGAACGCAAGACCAGGUACCUGCCGAUGGCAGCCAGGAAGAUGGGCAUCAAGUGUGCAUGGGCCGAGGCCUGGCUCGAAGCUAUGACAGAGGCAGGUUUGGCCAUCAGGCAGAACGACCCGUUGCUGCCCUGCCCUUCUUCGACCGGCUCGUGGAAGAUGAUCCCGCUUCCGUGCGACCAAGCAUGUUCUUGGCUCAGGAGCUUGCUGGGGAAUGCUCAGAGUGAUCCCUAUCUUGCGAAUGUUGGGACGCAUAGUCUCAAGAGAACUUUGCUCAGCUGGGCAAGCAAGCGAGGUUUGCCGAGGGAACAGAGGGCCCUUUUGGGAUAUCACACUUCCCGCGCCUCGGGUGCAGGCUCAGAGCUGAUCUAUGAGUCCGAUGCGCAAUCAGCUCCGCUCAGGGCGCUGUCUUCUAUGAUCGACGAAGUCUCAUCCGGGACCUUCAAGCCCGACAAGCCAAGGGGUCAGCAACUUGCUUCGGAGCUGUCGGCUGCUGCCGAUCCCCCGGGGGAUGAGAUUGAGUCGUCAGACUCUGAGGGCUCUGAGGACGAGGAGGAGAUCGAUCACUCUGGCGACGAGGCCUGUGCUGCUGAGGCUUUGAGCUGGCAUGGGAAAGUUGAUCUUGAUAAGAUUGAUCCCUCUUGUGUUUUCUUUAGGCACCGCCAGUCAAGGGUAGUGCACCUCACUGCAGACGAGGGCGGUGCUAACCUAGGCUGCGGUCGGACCAUUUCCGGUCAGUACAGGAAGUUGGCGGGGCGACCCGCAAUUUUGCAUCCAAGGUGCAAGCAGUGCUUCAAGAGAUACUUGAUUGCGCAGCAGGGCACAUGA